AUGUCUAUCACGUCUCGAAACGGCGAAGCUGUUGAUCUAAAAUCUUUGAAAAGGGAUAAAGUUGCACCCAAGGCAGGCUCAACUUCUACUUCGAAAGUGCCAAUGACCAAUACUGAAAAUCCUCCUUCUGAACAAGAAGAUGACUCCCCAAAAAAGAAAAAGGCGAGUGAACUACCUCCCAAGUCUCCUAAGAAACGAAGACGCGAUGGUGCCCAUUCUGAAAACGAAUCAGAAAAGGAUGAAGACGUUUCUCCUUUUAAACGAAAAAAGAAAAAGAAAACCAACAAAUCUGGCGAAGGUUCUCAAUUCGCCAAUCCUUCAAAAAGCAAAGUGAAUGUGACUGCUCCCAAGCUUAAAUCCAAAGGACCUUCGGAGUCUCAGUCUUCAAAGAACGUAAUUUCAGAACGCAUUGGUAGCAAUGCAACUUCUGAUGAACAAAAGAGCGUUCCUUUUGCUUCUUCUGAUCCUCUUACCAUUCAAGGCCAAGCUUCAAAACCUGCAGCCUCUCCUCAACCAGAAGGUAUCAACGAAGCCGUUUUAAACAAAGGUUCGUCCACUGCUACUACUCCUACAGGGACCGUCGAAGCCUUGGAUCAACAAGCAACCUCGCCUCCAUUGGUCGAAGCUUUAGACCAACAAGCAACUUCGCCUCCUUCAACAGAGGGCCCUGUAGCUGGCGAACCAGACACAGUUCGAAACUCCCAUCAUCGACAAUCCUAG